CACCUCUUCAGCAGUGGUGCCAACCCUGCCAGCUGUUGAGGGAGCUUGGGACGUAAUGCCCCAGGCCUACAUUUGCUUGCACAAGCUGGCAUUUCUGUACAUGAGGUGCACGGUGACCCGAUCCGCUGGUGCAAUGGGGGGGGGAGGGGGUGCAUGUAUUUUGUGCAUACAAAGUUAGAGGCUGCUGUGGGAGACCUGGUUCCUUAUGGUCAAUGAGCGUGUUCCCAGUCUCGUUGGGUUGAUAGUGUUGGGCCACCUGCUAUCCUUGCUGCUCGUCCCGAGCUGCUCUGAGGCUUGUGGUGUGGCUUUCAGACGAGAAGACCUGGCCUGCCCGUAUUUCUUGCUCUCCGCCAUGUCGGAGCAGGAAGAUGACGAGAUGUGCUGGAAUAACUUGGAGAACUUCCGGGUGAAGCUGAUCUCGGUAAUAGACCCCUCCAGAAUAACGCCGUAUCUCCGCCAAUGCAAAGUGAUUAACCAUGACGACGAAGAGCAAGUGCUUAACGACCCCAGUCUGGUAGUCCGGAAACGGAAAGUAGGCGUCCUCCUGGAUAUACUUCAGAGGACGGGCCAGAAAGGUUUUGAGGCCUUUCUCGAGAGCCUUGAGCUUUACUACCCACAGUUAUAUAUGAAAAUAACCGGCAAGGAGCCCAGCAGAGUCUUUUCAAUGAUUAUCGACACUGCGGGGGAAUCGGGCCUGAGCCAGCUCCUGAUGAACGAGAUCACGAAGCUGCAGAGCGCCGUGCAGGAGGAGAGGAGGAAGGCCCAGGAGCUCAACAUGUGGCUCCAUGCCAAGGAGGACGCGCUCAAGGAGAUGCGGGUGAGGGACAGCGUGCUGCGGAAGCACCAGGAGAGGGCCCAGAAGAUGAAGGAGGAGAGGGACAACUUGGCCAAGGAGCUGCGGAAAUGCAAGGAUGAGAACUACGACCUGGCCAUGAGCUACGCCAAGCAGAGCGAAGAGAAGAACGCAGCCCUGAUGAAGAACCGGGAUCUGCAGCUAGAGAUCGACCAUCUGAGGCACAGCCUGAUGAAGGCCGAGGACGACUGUACACUGGAGAGGAAGCAUACGAUGAAACUGAAGCACGCCAUUGAGAAGCGGCCGAGCCACGAAGUGGUGUGGGAGAUCCAGCGGGAGAAGGAGCUGCUGCUGGCCAAGAAUCAAGAGCUGGAGAACACGCUCCAGGUUGCCAAGGAAGGGAACUUGGAGAAGAACAGCCUCUACAUCCAGGCUCUGGAGGCUGAUCGGAGACGGGCACUGGGGGAGCAUCAGGAGCUGGUGAACACCAUCUACAGCCUGCGCAAGGCGCUCCAGCAAGCAGAGGAUCUCCAGGACAAACACGCGGAGGAGAAGGAGGUGCUGGAGCUGCAGUGCAUGUCCCUGAGGAAGGACUCCCGGAUGUACAAGGAUCGCAUCGAGGCCAUCUUGAAGCAGAUAGAAGAAGUGGCUGCAGAAAGAGACCAGGCGCUGCUGACCCGAGAGCAGUUCCACAUGCAAUACUCCAAGAGCCUGGUCGACAAAGACGCCUACCGCAAAGAGAUCCGGGAGCUGGGGGAGAGGUGCGAUGAGAUGCAGCUACAGCUGUUCCAGAAGGAGGGCCAGUUACUAGCUGCUGAGGCCAAGCUGAAAAAGUUGCACCUGGAGCCACCCACGCUGUUCCAGACUUCUGACCUAGAUGACGUCUCACCCAGGAGUUCCCAAGAGCUCUCUUUCCAUGGAAACCUGGAUGAGGACACACUGCUGUCUGAUAAAAAAGAUCUCUCUGAAGGUCAGGAUCAGCAGUUCAGUGCGUUAGAGAGCAUUCAAUGCCUGCAGUCGUCAAACGAGGGUGGCCCACCCAAUGGAGAGCUGGCUGAGAAGGAGCGGCGGCGGAUGAAGGACAGCUUUGAGCACUAUCGGAGAAAGAGGGCAUUGCGAAGGGUACAGAAGGGCAGACACCAUGAAGUGGACUGGGAAAACAACACUGGUAGUGACAACACGGACACUGAAGGCUCCUAAUAGCAUCAGCCCACCUGCAACGGGAAUUACAAAAAGUUUGCUGGGGUUAUAGUGCAAGAAUCUUCCCUUCUGCCCAUCUAAGCUGAUUGACAUUUAAAACUUUUUCUGAAUAACCACCUUGAACAUUUACCACGUUGAAGGCACUGGAUUGGGAUGCAGGAGAUCUGGACUAUAUUUCUGCCUCUGCCAUAGCAAUCCUAUGUGACCUUGGCCUGGUCACCUAACCAGUUCACGUCUCUGUGAUUCAGAACCCUAAUUCUUGUAUGUAUUUAAUGGGGAUGAUGAUGUCCUUCCAGAAGUGGUAUGAGUCUAAAUGAAUUAAACUCCAAUUGCUUUAGUAGAAAUCCUUACCAUCAUGGUGCUAUGUUAGUGCAUUGUAGUAUUCUGUGCAAAAAACACAUAAAUACUUUAUUUUCUUCAAAA